AUUUGUGGCCUCUCCCGCCAUAGCCCAACCUCCCAAAAUGGCCACACACCUCGCCAUUUCGCUUUCUCCGGUUCCCGCGUACAGUUCUUCCAGUUCUCUCCAUUUUCGGAGUUCAUUGCUUCCAAGAUGGACCAUUGGGAUGGAAAAGCUCAAGGCAUUUUCUUCAUCUGCUUUAAUGGGAUAUAAUAAGAGGAGAACUUUGAUAUGUGCAGUCAAUCAAGAUGCUGAAAAAUUGUUCCAAAAGACUGUUGAAGUGGAUAGACUGAUAGAUAUGUUGCGAGAAGCAAAUGCAAAUGAACUUCAGAAGCUUGUGGUUGAAAAUGUCCUUGCUUUCAAUGAGAGCUUUUGGAUACGACUUGCAGCAAGAACUGAUACCUGCAAAUCUGAGGAUGAUAAAAAAGAUUAUGAGGAAUUGGCUUUAUCUGUAAUGAGCAUAGUGGAUCGCCUUGUCCAUAAGACCAAGCAAAAAAUAGAGUCAGCUACUGAUGUUUUGAAGGAAAUUUUAAGGCCUGUAGUUGAUGAAGAGGAAGAGAUUUCAUGGCCUCCUAGGGAUCCUGAAGCUCUCAGUCUAAUGGAGAAAGAAAUAAUCCAAAGGGAGCAAGAAGGGCAGCUUGACGAAGGUUUCCUUGCAGAAGUUAGUGCACAACUACGGCAAGCAAAAGAAGAUAGAGAUAAGCCAGGGCUUGAGGCUAUGCUGCAAAAGGUUUUGCAACUAUAUGCUUCUAGAGUUCUCUCUAAACGUAGUUAUGCAAAGAAAGGGGAUGAGAUUUUAAAGGCUGAGUAUUUUCUUGAGACCGUAAUAAAAGCUCCUGAGGAAGAAUGGAAUAAGUUGUUGAUAAAUGGUAUGACAGUUGGUAAAGGGGAUGUUUCACCAGAGGUAUUUUAUGCUGUCAUUAAGAAACGAAUUGAGCGGACUUUGAUACGAACGGAAGGAGGUUCUUACCAGCAGCGCAUUCUUACCGAGUAUCUGAAAGGUAUCCAAUCAAGAGCGGAGGAAAUUGUCCAGGUUCUUCAGAGUUGAGCCCAUAAAGGUUCAUCCAUUUUGAAGUGAUUAAAGUUGUUAUCUAAACUGUACUGAAGAGAAAAGCACAGAAGAAGGCCAGCCCCAUCAGCAUAAACGGACAAAACUUGAGGAAUGUUUCACUAUUAAAUCAGUCGCUUCUAGUCAGCCGAAGUCUUCUACAUGCAAUGAACUUUUUUAGCUUAAAAUGCUGCGCCAAAUCCGAGUACUGGCAAGGUUUUAUUUGCUUUUUGUUUUUUUCCCACUGUCAUUUCAAACGAUAAAUCAGGAUUCUUACCUUGUUCGUAGUUGUCUCGAUAAAUCCGAGUAUAGUAAGACUCAUCAUUUUGAUCA